GUCUUUGGCAACAUUAAAACGUUCAGUGAAUCAUACUGAGCUGCCACCAUGAUCGUCAGGGAGAUUUGUGUCUACAUUUGCUGCCUAGUCGGGCUUGUGCCGUGCAUUGCGCAGCCAAGUAAGUCGGACUUAUUGAUGGCAGCACAAUUUUUACAGUAUGAAGUCCGCGAUCUGCAAAUCCCCAAAACCAAACAUGCGUUUCCACCGUUUCGAUGGGAUGAAGAGCAGGGCAUGUGGCCAAGUGACGUCAAGAUGAAUUUCCAUGGCAACCCGGAUUAUGCUCUCUUUAGACAAAUAUUCGGCAUCUUUGAUAACAAUAUGUUUGCGACAACAUACAUAAUGGCGUGUGUUGCUGAGACGAAACGAUACAUGGACGAUCGAUGGCAUAACGACACGUCUUAUGGGUUAAUGAAUGGCAUCAACGCCAUCAAACGUCAUCAUGAUCUAAAUGUGAAUUAUUCCAAUUCCUUAAUGACAUUCUGGCCUCAAACGUAUAACGACGAAUCCAAGGUUUAUAACAGCUACCCCGUAAAUCUCAAUGACGCGAUCAAGCUGACUGAGCAUUUACCUCUGAAUGCAACCUAUGCUUUUCUUGAAAGACUUGGACUCAAGGAUGUGGACAAAAUCGUCCAAGAGGUCAUGCGGAUAAGAGGUGUCUACACACUGGCGUUCCACAUCCCUCCGGACUUCGAUGACACAUUUCUCAACAUUGGUCUGGGUUCCAUCCUUGCCGAAAUGGCCAAAGAGUUUCCCCGGGCGUUCAAACUUUGGUCGUCCCACAACACCAACCUUACGUCCGUGUUCGAUGCUCUCAAGUACUACGCUUACAGACCGUUCUCCGGGGACCAACGUGUGAACACCAUCGACACCAGGAGCUACUACUACCUUAGGCCGUGGUUGGAGCAGGAGAAGGCAGCCGGGCGUGAUGUCGCUCUUGUGCCAACGUGGAUCCAGGACACGGAUGAAGUACGCACGUGGUAUGACAAGGGCGUCAUGAUGCCUUUUAACAUCAACAACGUUGACGUCACUGUGUGUGCCAACUUCAUCUACGCCUUGACAUCAGGCAUCAUCACUGGCGUCCUUCAGCCAUCGUUAUUGGAUGAUCCUGAAGUUAUGCACAUCUACAACGACACAGCCAGGAUGAUCGCUUUCCAAGUGUCGACAAACUUCUCCGACCGAGCAGACCUGGCGUUGACGUACUACCCCUCUGUCAUAGAGUUCUACUGGUUCGUGGCCAGGACGUACAACAAACUACAGGAAACUCUGGACAGGACGGGAUCGCUGCCACAUAAGGGUAUGGACCAGAUUCUAGCGGACUUCAAGGACGUGUUAAGGACAUACGCUAGUCCCCGGAUCCUAGACCUGGGAACCCCGUCCUCUAUGUAUAACUUCUCGACCUUAUACUACGACGACUUCCUCGGCGAUGCUGACAUAGACUACAGCAACAAAUCAGCUCCAGAUCCUGAAGAUCGUAUAUUCACCACCGCAAUGGCCAUGACCGCUCUGCUGACCAUCUGGACAACGCAGGACCAGCACACAGGGAAGAUGAUCUGGGAUGCAGAUACGCCCCUGGACAUCAAGAGGGCCGCCAAUAUGACGGCAACGUGGUUGUACUACAACAUCAACGGCGAACAACCGCUGUUGGCAUGGAACGCGUUUUUCUCUGGAUCAUUCAAAGGCUACACUACGGACACAUUCCAUUACCCGAUGAACAGACUUGAAUUAUUCAAUGGGACGAGAAUAAAUAAGACUGAGAUUCGCAACGAGAAGUUUAUUCAGGGAGUAGAAGGGUUCAUACCCGAAAACGAAUACAAACAAAUGAUGGAGAAACUUCACACACCCACCGUCUUCCCGGGCUACAACUACAACGGCGACUUCUUCCCCUUCUGGUCCUCUGAAGCCUACACCUACGCCAUCGGGAUGCUGGGAUUGGGGAAAUACAUUGGGACUUUAUAAUAAUGCCAAAAUAUUAAUAAAUUAGCAAAUUGUCCGGA